AUGGACAUUGGUAUCGUGAUAAAGAGGAAGAAGAGGUUUGUACAAGGUCAACCGAGGAUCAGGUGGGGUGUUUUGGCUAAGGAUACUGCGCAUGAGUUGGAGGGGCGGUUGUUGGCUAUGGGUGCCUGGAAGAGUAGUGGGGAUGCUAGCGCUAAGUGGACGACGACGGCGAACUGUAUAGUGGAAGCAAAGAAAACGGCGUACCUUGCGUUAGUGGAGAGUACCGAUGAGGAGCAGAGGAGAACAAAUAGAGUAAGGUACAAGGAAGUUAGGAAGGAGGCAAAAUUAGCGGUCAUAGAGGCUAAGAUUGCUGCGUUUGAUCGGUUGUAUGAGGAACUAGGGGGCAAAGGUGGGGACAAGAAGCUAUUUCGGCUGGCCAAAGUGAGAGAGAGGAAGGCUCGCGACCUGGAUCAAGUGAGGCGUAUCAAGGUUGAGGAGGUAGUGGGAGUUGUGGGUAAGAUGAAUCGGGGCAAAGCGACAGGACCAGUUGAGAUUCCAGUAGAAUUUUGGAGGUAUAUGGGUAGAGCGGUCUUAGAAUGGCUGACUGGGCUGUUUAAUGUUAUUUUUGAGAUGAAGAGGAUGCCAGAUGAGUGGAGAUGUAGUUUGAUGAUUCCGUUGUUUAAGAACAAAGGUGAUAUCUAG